CGACGAAGGGAAUUUUCAACAGCUGAGGAGGCGUAGCUAGCCACGGCUAGCACUUGUUAAAGUUUGGAGAUGGAUGUGAAGAAACAUACACACUGAGAGUGCUUCUUCUACGUGAGUGACCUUGAACUGUAUGCAGGUGGAAGCCAAGGAACAGUAUUCAACUCGGCAUUAACAGAGACAAAAACAAAAUCUCCUCCUGACUUCAUCUUUCAUGACAGAGAUCUGUUUGUCUGGAGACAAGGUAGGCUUUGAGCCUUCACCAGAGAUGGCUGUACAAAGAUAUCCGUGUAAGCUGGAGCCUCGCUAUGUCAACUGAAAGCACCGGGCACCUGCAUUUCUGGUUUAGAGGAUGUGCUUCUGGUUGGAUGCAAAGUCUCAUUCCUCUCCCAUCUCCCCCGAGCAUUAAAAUACAGCAAUAGACAGUAAAAUAUGGUGAUCAAAAAUGGUGCUUGAAUAUGGCAUCUUGGUGUGGGUUGUACCUAUACAGGUCAGGCUCUCUCAGAAACGUGUAACAGCUGACUGAUAGUCUGCUGAAAAUAAUGGAUGCCAAGUUAAAAGAGGACCUGUUUCGGAGGUAUGUGACGACACUGGAAAGGCGCCUGGAGGAGGGGGGUGGAUAUACAGGGACUGGAACUACACCAGAGGGAGACAGAAGCAGACACAAGGACAAUGAGGCUCUACUUUCCACAGCUACAGCUCUGCUGGGAGCCUACCAGCCAGAUCCUGGACAGCGAUUUCGCCUGGUGCGUUUCUAUGAGAUGGUGGAGAACUCCCUCCACUACCAGAGGGGAGGUAACCUCAAGAGCCUGGAGAGAGCCUUCCGCACCCUGGAAACCAUUUGCACCAAUCUCUUGCUUUUCCCUUGGAAGAAGGAGUUCAGAUGUAUAAAGACCUUUACCGGCCCAUAUGUCUACCAUCUGCAGUCUGCCAUUUGUGAUGCUGAACUCCGAACUCUAAUGCGCACCAUCGGAUAUGCCUGUGAUCACGAUUCACAGUUCCAUUUGCAGGAGCAGCCAGGCAGCGUAAAUCAUCUCCGCCAGUUGGCGUUUGAGCUUUUCCUAGCCCAGGCAGAGUGUCGGCUUCUGGCGGAGGUGGUGGCUUUGGCCCGGGGUUCAGCCUCGGAGCUGGAGGCUGUGGAACUCCGCAGAGGUAGCCGAGAUGAUGCAGCUGGUUGUGCAGAGGCGCUCCGCAGGCGCGACAGCCUUGGGGCAGACAUGGCUCGGCUGACUGUGCGGCCACUGGAUAUAGAAAGGCCUCAUGCCCAUCACCUGAGGCGAGGUAGCCGGCCCUCCAAGUCUGUGGAUGUUACAGAUGGAGCUGGCCACUGGCACGCAGCUGCUAGCAAGCCCGUUUUGAAGACCUCGUUGAGUUUAAGGAAGGAGCCUCUGUUUGUGGAUGCAGGGGAGGAUAUGAAGGAUGAGAUCAUCAGGCCCAGCACCUCAGCAUCUUUUUUCUCAAUUGCAGGUCCACCCUCCUAUAGCCCAGUUGCUGACUUUUUCCCAAUUCAGUCACCCCCACCAGCUGAUCCAUAUACAUCCUACCAUCUGUCCUCGUUGGAUGAGAUCGACUUGUACACAGAGAGGGGGGGUGCUGGGACAGGAGGAAGGCAAACCCCAUCUCGACCACCAUCCAGGGAACCUCGAGAUACGAAGGACGGGUGGUUGCUCAAAGCUCAUGGUAGUGUGAAGUGUCAGGGCUGUGGGCUGGGCUGUUCCACAAUGGCUGCCUGCCAAAGGUGUGACAUGAUUCUUUGCACUGCCUGUCAUGAUCUGGACCCCUCCCCUUGCUGUGGCCUCCAAGACUACCACCCCAAAUCUCCACGACCCGUUGAUGGAUACAUUCCUGUUAAGGAAAAGCUCUCCGUCUAUUCUAACACUCAUUCUCACUCCCAUCUCCAUCCACAUCCCCUAACACUGACCCACUCACUUUCUCAUCCCCACCCUCACCCCCAGAUGGUGGAGAAACCCUUGAUGUCCACCAAGCUGUUUCCAAGCAAGCCUGUUGCUUUAACAACACCAAAGGGGGGCAUCAGCGAAAGAGUAAGCAUGGGGGGACCCAGAUGUGGGUUUUGCAACAAGCCAGGUGCAUCACACACCUGUGUGAAUUGCUCCAAGGUAUCAUGUGACUCAUGCAUGGGCUUGUAUGGAAGUGACAUGUGCACGCGAAAGAAUCCUCAGCACAGCUUUGUGCCUAACCAUCAGCUCAACUUCAAAUCUGGCACCAUAUCUCACCUGGUGUACCGGUGAAUUAGGUAGAUUGACUAAUCCCAUCUCCAAUCAACCUGCAGUGUGUAGUCUUGCACUAUUGCUUUAGCUUUCUUCAUGCUUUAGCAGUUUAUUCACUGUCCUCCCUUUUAUGUGAUGGUCCUUCUCGAGCCCCGUCUUGUACAUUUCUGCUUACUGUCAGUAGGGCCAUGGAAUGCACAUGCCACAGAGAGUCAUAUCGUCUGCCCAUCUCUCUGCCUUGUACAACUUCAGGCGUUUUAUUUAUUUCUUCAUUUUACCUUGCAACCUGCUCUGAAGUAUUCAUCUGAUGUUGUAGCGCUUCCCAGUGUCCUCAUAUUUUUAUCCUGUUCAAAAGGGAAACUGGAUUAGAGUAUAAUUCCAUAUAAUUUUGAAUGAAAUUGUCCAAAUGAACAUAAUAUACUUUGCCUAACUUCUCAGAUAAAAAUUCCUCUAAUAUAUAAAUAUAUAGUAUAUAUGUAUGUGUGUCUGAGAUAGAGUGUGAGCGUGUGUGUGGAAAAAGACCUCUGAGCUAGCAUUGGCAUAAAAGAAAUGUUUUUAAACUGAAAAAAUGUUAGGAAAAGAAAAAAACAUACACUGGAAGUCAAUAAAUGAAUAGUAUAUAUAUUUUUAAUCUAUUCUCUAGAUCAAUGUGAGACUGUUAAAAAGUCACGAGGUCUGCCAUUGGAAUUAUUUGUGUAUACAUCGUAUGUAUGUGGAUGUGGGGUGGGAGAUAUCGUGAAGGGUCAUACUGAGACAAUGGUCAGACGCCAUAUGUUUUACUUAAAAGAUUAUGCCUUGUAAAUUAACCCUGAAUCGUUUCUGAUGAUAUGACUGAGGUUUAAAUGCUGCUGUUGACUCAACGUUAAACAAGUGUGGUGUUGUUUUUUAUUUUUAACAGUUCUGUCAGCCCUAAUCUUGCCAUUUUAUAACACUCCUUAAGCCUCCAUUGUUCAUGUACUCCUUCACCACAUCGGUGGUUUCCUGUCAGUCUCAGGUGGGGUCACAGGAAGCCUCAUGCUUGGCCACAAGUCAAGUGAGAGCAGAAUGCAAGAGCUCAUUGAUCGGUUGUAGGCAGUAUGAAAGUUUAGACUCUUAGCAUUGUUUCUGUCUACCUCAGAUGGCAUCAGCCUAUACAUCCAGUUUGACAUUGCUUCAAAUAUGCCCUCAGACCUGGAAAAAAGUAUUGAACGAACACGUUUUUUCUUAUUUGCCACGUGUAUGUUAACCAAGCAGAAACUAUCCCCUCUUAAAAUCACCUGAAUCCUUCACAUUCAGAGGUUUCUGUGUCUGAAUCUUUUGAUUUACACAAUUCAGAAGACUGGAGAGAAGAAAGGAGGGGAAAAAAAGCAAUGAAAUCUGAUUUUUUUUUUUUUUUUUUUUUAAUAAAUAGUGGCUUUACAACAAGACAAGUUUAAACUUUAGUAUUUUUUAAAUAGUAUUGUGAAAAGGUAAUAAGAUCCUGUAGUCUUGUUUUGUCCAAUUUAUAAUAACAUUCGUAUUUACUUUCCACCUUCUUUUAGGAUAAAAACAGAAACCUGGCUUUCUUAAACCCAAACAGAAUGGAAUAUCACUGCAAACAUCAGCAUGGGAAAUUCUUCAUGAGAAGAGUUAAAUAUGUGCUUGGUUUGAAUGGACAAUAAUUGGUCAGCAUCCAUUAUGAUCAUAUUUGCCCCUCAUCCUAAUAAAGAGAUUGUAAAAUAAAUAUGAAUGUUAAAACUUUUGAUAAAACGAGACUAGAGGUGGCUGAGACUUUCACACAGGCAUUGCAUGUUUUAUGGUCAUAUUAAGCUUUUUUGUUUUGUUUUUAAAAAAUGCUGUUUCAGGUUGUAUUUUAGCAUAGGUUGUCCCCAGUUUGACUAAUUGGGAAAAGACAAAAAACGCUUCACUGUUCAGUAAACCACUGAACAGACACAAAGCUGAUAAUGAAAGUUUACAGCUCUUCACAUGCACAUGUUGAUUUGAAUUUUUUCACUUGAGUACUUCCAUGUACUGCAGCAUUGUGUCAAGAGUUUAGAUCAACCAGAGCUCUGAUCAUUUCUUAGCUAGCUAGUGUUAAUGACCGUGUAAGACACUAAAAGACCCCUAUAUCUGACAGCUACUUGUUAGAGGGGAUUUAGUAAUGAAUUAAACUUAUUCAUUCAUAUGCUUGAAAAGCUUAUCCAUUAUGUCGACGUAUACCCUGCUUACAUACUGAUGCCCAUAUUUUCUGGGUACUUUUAGUGUUAGACACCAUGUAAGAGCAGAACUAUUUUAUCUUGCAGUUCAUGGUCACCAAGGGCUAAUUCUUAAUGCCAUUUCAUAAAAAAAAAAAAAAGAGAAAACAGGUCUGGUUUAUUUUGACAGAUCACAGAGGCUACUGUAGCCUUCAUGUUCUGUCAGGAAUAACCGCUAAAUGCCUUAAACUCGUUCCGCUCUAUCAUCGCACAUCAUUUGUUUUUCAUGUUGUCAUUUACCCUGUAUUGUGUCUUUCCUAUCAGUGGAUUAAACAUUAACCUGUGCUUGUCAGGUUUCACAAACUAAAUUCCCUUUUGGGAAAUUAAUUAAAAACUGAAAAUGAUAGAUGGGUUUCUAAGUCAGAGCACAACAGGUUACAUAUGAUGUACUCCUGUACAUGGAUUAAAAGUGUAUUUGUAAUUUGGUUUUGCUUGGAAGUUUAAUUGGUUUUACUCUGGAUUGUUUACAGAUUUUUCUUUGUUUGCUUUACAUGUAUAAUUAUAUAAACUGGAUUUAAGGGAAUAGUAUUGCAUUGUGCUAUGUUUCAAUGAUAAUCUUUGAAAGGACAAAUAAAGAGGCGGUCAGAUCAUGCAUCCUAAAGUAGCCUCCUCUCGUGGCACAGGGAGUACUUUUAAAAGUCUGUGGUCAAGACUGACAUUCUGCACCACCUUGACUGCAGUAAAAAUGAAGAAUCCUCCGACUGAAGACACUGUUCUGUCAUCAUUUGUUGGUCAGGGUCUACUUUCUUUCAUUAUUUUGCAACAUUCUCCUAUCUACAAUCAGUUUAAGGGUCUUAACAGUCCCCACCCAGAAAAGAGCCAGAUUUCUAUAUAAUUUUAUUCAACUCAACAUAAGUCACUGGCUGUGAUACAGUGGUCCUAACAUAGGAUUGCAAAGGAAAUGGAACUCUUCAUCACAUCUUCAUAGAUGAUAUGCAACAUCAGCUGUGAACACUGAAGGACCCAAACUUCACCAAGAAGUUAUCUGACCUGUACUUUCCUGUAAGCAGCCUCAGUGUUGCGUCUCCAGUCCAGUCUGUUGUCGUAAUCAUAUGAUAAUAAUUGAAAAGGGGAUGUUUUGAUACCAAUGUUAUUCCUUGACAGAUGUUCUUGGGUCAACUUAAGCGAAUUUGAGUGUUCAAAGUCUUCAGUGACCUUAGGGGAAUUGUGCAAUUUUUCUGUUGAAUUAAGUCUCUCUGAAUAUUUGAAUGAUAUAUCAUAGAUGUAUUUAAUUUGCUCAGUUUGCAAAUCAUACCAGCAACAAGGAUGAUUUUUAGAAGCAUUGAGCCAUGUUGCAAGAGCGAUCAUGUUGCCAAAUGAAGAACAAAUAUCUCUGGAAGAGAAAAAAAAAAAAAAACGAAAUCCUGUGGCUUGCCUGGAUGUACAGCUGAUCUGUUUUUUUUUUUUGUUUUUUUUUUUAUUCUGCAAAAAGUUUAGCCUUGUAUCUGUAGAUGCCGGCCUUUUUCAGAAACCUAGGAAGAAAGUCAUCAGCAUAGAUACAUAACUCACACGCAAUGUGAUGUGGAUUUGACUUCAAACAGUGAACUGAUAGCGUGUAGGUCACUAAAAAGGGCUAAACAGUCUUGAGGGCUGCUGUCAAGUUGUGGGCUCACUUUCAAUACUUUAAUGAUAAAUGGACUUGUCAUAGAUAAAUAUCUCAUCUGGAAGUCAAAAGCAUUCAUUGCUGAUUGUGGUGAUAGUUAUUGAAAAGGUAAAGGUCAUGGAAUACAUCGAGCUAUUUUAACAUGAUUGGUUUAAUGCACACCGUAAACACUCAAGUCAUUGUGGAAGUCAGUACUCCCUUUACCUCUUUGUGUGGUUAUCUUACUGAUAUUAACAGUUGUGGUGUAGUUAGGGAGCCUCUUUACCAUUCUCUGUUUCUGUAACCUUUCUUUUGGCAUGCUCUGUACAAGGCCCAUACCCAUAAACCAAAUCCCCACCUGCAUUGGCACUGAGGACUAUUGCACAAUGUCUAUGUGAAGGGGUAUGGACCUUAGUUCAAUGUAUGGGCAUAAAUCAAGGUGGAAAGGGAAAAUAGCCAAAACUGUUAAUAAACUGUUAAUUGGGUGUAUAUAUAUAUAUAUAUAUAUAUAUAUAUAUAUAUAUAUAUAUAUAUAUAUAUAUAUAUAUAUAUAUAUAUAUAUAUACACAUAUGAUAUGAAGAGAAUCGAAAUGUAAAUGAGAUUUUAUAAAUAAUUUAAAGAAUAAAAUUAUGAAAAAAUGUCGUGCUUUGAGUUUGUGGCAUUAUUGACCUGUUAAAUGCAGCUAGAAUGCAAAAAUGUGUGAUUGCACUAACAACGUAGGGAAUAUCCGCAUAAAAUCUUGCUGUUGUUGGUUUUUUUCAUCCACUUGUUACUUCUUUUUUUCUGUCUUCCAUGUUGUGGGGCAGCUCAAUACUGAGUUGGUUGAUUUUCCCAUCAUGAACAGUAGAUGGAGAUACAUACCAAAAGGUAGAAAGAAUAAAGCUUAU